AUGAUCGAUGGAGAGGAGCCUUUACUACAGCACGAUGUUUCCAAAGCGUCACAGGCGCUGGCACGAGAGAUGCAGUCCUUGGAGAGGCAAGGAGUUCUGGAGGACAGCGAGCUUCGAGAAACUCUGGGGCAUUUGCUACGAGGGCAUGGGGUCAUCGAGAUGGCGACAGAGGCCCUAUCCAGCGCCUCAUCCUCGGCUUGGCCCGAGCAUGAGGAAGAGGAAGAGGAUGGGGCCGACGGGCUCCUGGAGCUUUUGGUGUCCUGCUGCUCAGUCUCCAGCGAGCUACCCUUAGAGUUGGACCUACGAGGACUUUUGAAGGCUUUGCCCAGGAUUUUUCCACAUCUUGCUCCGCGGCCAGCGGCGCGCUUGGCACAAGGGCUCCUGCGGCACAAGCUGCGUGAGAGUCUCUUCAUCGCAGACGCCCUGCUGGAGAUCAAGGGGUUUUCACGAUGUUUGAAAGGUUGGUGUCGCUGCUUGGACGACCGGGCCAAAGCCUCCGACGAGGCGAGCCACGCGAACCGAGCCGCAGAGGUGCUGCAAGAGCUGGCGGCACAGGUGAGGCGCUUGGAUAAUCUUGAAGCCUUGUCAUUGGUCCUCUUCGUGGAAUGCUUCGUGGGUGAACGGCUGGGAUCUGCGGUGUCCGGUGGCUUUGUGAUGUACAGUGGCCAGGCAGCACGGCAGGUAGUCCUCACCUUGUUGCGGAACUGGACACAGAACAGCAAGGUUUUGAAGUCGUUAUCGCCGCUCUUGGUGGGGAAGCUGUGGCCCUCCGUUGCCAGCAAACUGCGGCGCGACGCUGGUGUGGCAGCAGUGCGCGACAUCAAGGGGCCCGCGAACACGCAGUUGAAGAUGGAGUGGUUCAAGUUGAAACCAACGCAGAGCCUCAAGAAGGGCUAUGGUGCUUUUCACCCAGAAGAGCUAGCGACAGCUUCGAUGCAGUUCUUGCUGGCUCAUUUCGACGCCACAUGCGAGCGGGGCUGUGAGGAGCCUCGAGAAGGGAUUGCAGCCCGAGCACCUGCAGAGGAAUGGGUGCAAGACGUGCUGGAUCGGCCCUUCGGCUGGGGUGUGCUGGUGCCGUUGAUCGUUGGCCCUGCUUCGGUGGCGGCAGACGUCUUACGGCUGUUGGAAGCGUUGGUGGAGCGGCAUCCACACAAUGAGACGAUCGCCAAGCGCUUGGCGGGACUUCAUGCCUUCAUGCCGUUGCUACAACUCCCAUGGCCUCAAGCUGACCCGGUGGAAAGCCACUUGGCAUGUCAGAGAGGUGACAAUGAGUGGGAUUCGUUCCCUCGUCAGAUGAAGCCACGAACUGCAGGCCUGCUCGUUAAGGGCGGAGAAAAGAAGCAACUUUAA